UAUUGGUUCUAAGGUACAAAUGGGAUCAGCUGGAUCAGGAGGAGUAUGCUGAGCUAGAGUUGAAGGAAGCCUCUGUUUCUAACAAGAGAAAGCAGAGGUAAGAGACGAGAGAUAGAAUGGGGGUUGUGUGUCAGUUUGCUGAAGAGAAAAAAAAAAUAGGUUGAUGGCUGGGAAUCACAAGUUUUGGAAAUGGAGAAACGAAGUUGAAUCUAGUGGAAGAAAAAAUGGAGAAUAACUAGCUGGGGCCAAAUCUGGAGUUAAGGUUUAGCAUGGGGGUAAAUUUCAGGCCAAAAAAAUUAAACCUCCAACUAAUAUUUAUCUUUUCUCAUCUCCAAGUUAAAUAAUGGCCGAGACGAGUCUGUUAGAGGCUGGGGCCUCUGCAGCCUCCACAGCUGCAGCUCUGGAGAACUUGCAGGUGGAGGCAAGCUGUUCUGUGUGCCUGGAGUAUCUGAAGGAGCCUGUCAUCAUUGAGUGUGGGCACAACUUCUGCAAAGCUUGCAUCACCCGCUGGUGGGAGGACCUAGAGAGGGACUUCCCUUGUCCUGUCUGUAGAAAGACGUCUCGCUACCGCAGUCUGCGGCCUAAUCGGCAACUAGGUAGUAUGGUGGAAAUUGCCAAGCAGCUUCAGGGUGUCAAGCGGAAGAUCCGGGAUGAGAACCUCUGCCCUCAGCACCAUGAGGCCCUCAGCCUUUUCUGCUAUGAGGACCAGGAGGCUGUAUGUUUGAUUUGUGCAAUUUCCCACACCCACCGGGCCCACACUGUUGUGCCGCUGGAUGACGCUACACAGGAGUACAAGGAAAAACUGCAAAAGUGCCUGGAGCCCCUGGAACAGAAGCUGCAGGAGAUCACCCGCUGCAAGUCCUCUGAGGAGAAGAAGCCUAGUGAGCUCAAGAGACUAGUGGAGAGUCGCCGACAGCAGAUUUUAAGGGAGUUUGAAGAGCUUCAUAGGCGGCUGGAUGAAGAGCAGCAGAUGUUGCUUUCACGACUGGAAGAGGAGGAACAGGAUAUUCUACAGCGACUACGAGAAAACGCUGCUCACCUUGGGGACAAGCGCCGGGACCUGGCCCACUUGGCUGCCGAGGUGGAGGGCAAGUGCUUACAGUCGGGCUUCGAGAUGCUUAAGGAUGUCAAAAGUACCCUGGAAAAAUGUGAGAAGGUGAAGACCAUGGAGGUGACUUCAGUAUCCAUAGAGCUGGAAAAGAACUUCAGCAACUUCCCCCGACAGUACUUUGCACUAAGGAAAAUCCUUAAACAGCUAAUUGCGGAUGUGACCCUGGACCCUGAGACCGCUCAUCCUAACCUAGUCCUGUCGGAGGAUCGUAAGAGCGUCAAGUUCGUGGAGACAAGACUCCGAGAUCUCCCUGACACACCAAGGCGUUUCACCUUCUACCCUUGCGUCCUGGCUACUGAGGGUUUCACCUCAGGUCGACACUACUGGGAGGUGGAAGUGGGCGACAAGACCCACUGGGCAGUGGGUGUUUGCCGGGACUCCGUGAGCCGAAAGGGCGAGCUGACUCCACUCCCUGAAACUGGCUAUUGGCGGGUGCGGCUGUGGAAUGGGGACAAAUACGCAGCUACCACUACACCUUUUACCCCUUUGCACAUCAAAGUGAAACCCAAACGGGUAGGCAUAUUCCUGGACUAUGAGGCUGGCACGCUGUCUUUUUACAACGUCACAGACCGCUCUCAUAUCUACACUUUCAAUGAUACUUUUACUGAGAAACUUUGGCCCCUCUUCUACCCGGGCAUCCGGGCUGGUCGGAAGAAUGCUGCACCGCUUACCAUCAGGCCCCCGACAGAUUGGGAGUGAUGGGUUGGGACGUGGGAAUAACUGGGGUGAGGCAGGGUCAAGUGCUAUGGGCCUUCCUUCCUAUGUCCUGCUGGAACGUCUUCAUGUCUGCCUGGUUCCAGUCCUGAAUCAUCAUGGAGAAACACCUCGGUUUCUAGGAUGGUUUGUGUGGAGUAGUUAGGACUGGGCUGUGAUGAGAGAGCAUAGCUGUGUCUCCCUCCUGACUGUCAGGGUGGGAGCUGGUUCCCAGGGGAUUGUCUCCCAUGAAGUCCAUCAGGUCUUCUGUUGCACAAGGAUGGGUUGGGAAGGAAGGAGAGGCUUUUCCAGAAACAAAAAAUCUGUGAGAGGUUCUGACUUGGUCAAACUGGAGGAGGAAACAAACCCCUGUACAUCCUUUCAGGGGAUUCUUUGACUCAGAAUAGUCUUGUUUCUUCAGGUAGAUCACAGGGGUCUGUGUACCUCUAGAUUGAAGAAAGAUGAAUGACAGUUGCUUUCACGGGUCUAGAAGUUGAGGAGUUUUUCUGAGGGCAGAGAUUGGACAUCAAAACCAUUAGAAGGAAGGUCAGGGAACGGGGCUAAAGGAAAAGAUUCCUAGAGACCAAUGAAGGGGAGGGGGGUUUCUUUGGUCUUAUAUUCCCAGGGUAAGUUUGCCAUUAUGAGUAGGAUUGGCCAGGGGUGGGAAUGUGGGGAGAAGGAGAGGGUGAGAAGAAAGCAGAGGAGAACCCAAGUCCCUGCCUCAGCCUUCAGCAAAGUUGGCUUAUUUCCUGCCUCCUUACAGUUGGUUGUCUCUAAGAAGUCAGUCACUUUGCUCCUCUCCAGAGGCAAGGUGGAGGAGAUCUUGGAAGACACAUCCACCCUUUCACUGGUUUCCCAAGGGAACUUGGAAAGGAGAGUCGGGUAUUAGAGGAAAGAGAAAGGUAUUUCUAGCCAAAGCUCUGGCCUUAAAGAAUGUUACUAAGUACCUACUCCCAAGUUGUCAGUCUUGUUACCUGGCCAAGGUAUCCGAGCCAGAAAGGAAGAAGGGUAAUGGAGUUUUUCUCACCCUGAGGACAGGGUAGAAGAGGGUGGUGUGUAUAGGGAAGGGCCAGAAGGGCAACUUCCUUUGGCCUGUGUGCAUCUGGCCUAGAACACAAGAGCCAGACUUUUGCGUAUUUUUUGCCAUCCCUCACCCUUUGCCAUUCCCCUUUUCAGAGAAUGUAAAUUAUUUUAAUGUUAGGCCAAAAUAAACAACUUUAGGGUACAUAUGUUGUCAUAAAAGGUAAAGCAAUGCAUGCCAAACCAAACUAAAAACGAUUUGGAUUAUCUGCUCUUUGGGUAAUCUUCACAGAAGACUGAGACAAGAAACUACAAUUUAUUGAGGGCACUUCAGUUCCUCCUACCACCUCAACAGGACUUUGUCCAGACUCUCCUCCUCUUACCUUUGUGCCUUGACUGUGGUUCUUUGUGGCAAGAUACUUUGGUUGGCAAAAAUAAUAUGGAACAAAGGAUCCACUGAAGUGA